UUUGCCGUCUCAUGACGUUCAUCGGCGGUUAGCAGAGCCAGCUAUCAUGUCUAACUUCUGUCUGGGAAUAGAUCUGGGCACCACUUCGGUCAAAGCUGUGUUGUUGGCAGCGGACGCCAAAACUGUGGUUGUGGGUCACUCGGAACCCACGGCUGCCGACCUUAGCGACGUUACAGGGAUAAAGGCGAAAGAGCAGGACCCCAGUCUGAUAAUAAACGCUGUGAACCGCUGUUUGGAUCAGCUGCCCAGAGACAAACUGCAACAUGUCUGCAGGGUCGGCCUCACCGGACAGAUGCACGGGGUUCUGUUCUGGAGGGCAAACCGCGGUUGCGAUUGGUCAGACGGAGACUUUUUCACACCCAGAGACACCAGUCAGCUGGUCACAUGGCAGGACGGACGCUGCAGCAGUGACUUCCUGUCUUCUCUUCCAAAACCGGAGUGUCACCUCGGUGUUUCCACAGGCUUCGGCUGUGCAACGAUCUUCUGGUACAUGAAACACAGGCCUAAGUUCCUGGAGGACUUCAAUGUUGCUGGUACAAUCCAGGACUAUGUGGUGUCCAUGCUGUGCGGUUUGGACUCAUGUGUGAUGACGCCUCAGAAUGCAGCCAGCUGGGGCUUCUUCAAUACUGCCACAAAUCAGUGGAAUGAGAACAUUCUGAAGGCUGCGGGCUUCCCCAUUCACCUACUUCCUCGGUGUGUGCCGUCUGGUGGCUUGGUGGGACAGACAUGCUCUGCCUGGCAUGGCGUUCCUGCAGGUACACACGUAGGGGCCGCCCUGGGAGACUUCCAGUGCUCUGUCUACUCCUGCAUGACUGCACCAGCAGAUGGAGUUCUCAACAUAAGCACGUCAGCCCAGCUGACCUUUGCCAUGCCAGCUGACUUCACACCUCCUGAUUCCCCUCAGCUUAAAUCGUCCAUCUCCUACUUCCCUUAUUUUGACUCGUCAUACUUGGCUGUGGCAGCGUCGCUCAACGGAGGGAAUGUGUUGGCCACUUUUGUGGAAACGUUGACUGCCUGGAUAAAAGAACUCGGUGUGGAACUAAGUGACUCGUGUAUGUAUGAGAAGCUGAUUUGCUGUGGCCUGAACCAGGAGACCAGCGACCUGAUGGUAAGACCCACCAUCCUGGGGGAGAGACAUGACCCCCUCUGCCUGGGUCAGGUCACCAACAUUUACUCCUCCAACCUUUCCCUGGGUCAUUUGUUCAGAGCGCUUUGCCAUGGCGUCGUGGGCAACAUCACCUCCAUGAUGCCUCUGGAGCUCCUGAAGCAGGCAGGGAUCCGCAGGAUUAUGGCGAGCGGAAGCGCACUCACUCGCAAUGAGGUGCUUAGGCAGGAGGUGGAAAGGUCAUUUCCUCUGCAGGUGGUGUAUGGACAGAAUGCAGACUCUGCUGUGGGCGUGGCCAUGGUCCUCUGUGACCGACUGAACAAUCUACAAGAGAAUCCCUGCAUGCUUACAUAAUUAACUAAGAUUUUUGGACAACUCUGGAUACUCAUUGAAUGGAAUUGUUUUUGAUUGAACUAAACGGUUUGCUUGACGUAGACUUAAAUCAAACACUUUGAUUUCCACCAGGAAAUGAAAACUGUUAGGAUAUAAAACCUUAAAGACUUAAUCUAAUAACAAAUCAGACAUUUUUCUGUGACUUAAAAGUUAUUUUUGUUUGGAAAAAGUUUUUAAAAUGCAGCAUAUUUCAGAAUCUCAUUUGAAGUAAGUAUUCUUCAGAUCCUUAGUUUAUAUAAGUUCAUAAAAUUAAGCAAGAAAAGCACUUAGAACAACGGAAGAGAUCAUGAAAUUAGCAAAAACUACAACUUCACAAUAACCAUUACCCAAAUAUCAGAAAUCCAGAUCUGGAAAGCAACAAUUAUAUUUCCUGCAACAUCUCUGUGCACAUUCCAGUCAAAUAUACCUAAUCCAAGCAAAGGUCUAAUAAACUGCAAAUACUGUACUUGAAAAUAAAACUCAUUUAGUAUCUUU